AUGACCAAUAUCAACCUCCUAAAAGCCCAGCAGCGGCCAACUGGCUUGCCCCGAUCUGGAACUCCUCCAUCGUUCCCUCGUCGACGAGGUCUCCCAGAAAAGAGGAAAAUUCGGGAUGUCAAUAAGGUUGUUGCUGUCUCUUCCGCUAAGGGGGGAGUAGGAAAGUCCACAAUUGCUGUAAAUAUUGCUCUGGCUAUGGCCCGUCGGGGUAUUCGUACCGGAAUUCUCGACACCGACAUUUUUGGCCCUUCCAUACCGACCCUUCUGAACUUAUCUGGAGAACCGCGCCUUGACGAAAAUAAUUGUCUCAUCCCUCUUACGAAUUACGGCCUCAGAUCCAUGUCAAUGGGCUAUCUCCUUCCUCCUCCUCCUGCCGACGCCAAACAUCUCACGGACGAUCCAACCUCACCCCUAAUGGAUACAACUCCCAUAUCGUGGCGUGGACUGAUGGUUACCAAAGCAAUGCAUCAGCUUCUACACUCGGUAUCCUGGGGUCCUCUCGACAUCCUCAUCCUCGACCUGCCUCCAGGGACGGGCGACGUACAACUUACGAUUGGCCAGGAAAUUAUUCUCGACGGAGCCGUAAUCGUAUCAACGCCUCAGGACAUUGCUCUACGUGACGCAGUGCGAGGGUUUGGCUUGUUUGAAAAGUUGCAUGUUCCCGUCUUGGGCAUGGUUAGGAACAUGGCGUAUUUUGCCUGCCCACAUUGCGGCAAAGAGACUAAGAUAUUCUCCAGGAGAGGACUGUCGCUGCCCCCUAGCGAUGAUCUAGAGGCGCGACACGCGCAUGGUUCUGAAUUACACGAUGGUGGGGGGGUGGUGGCAGCUUGUAAACGGCUCGGGAUAGACUUCUUGGGUGACAUUCCGCUUGAUGCGCGAGUGUGUGAAGAUGCGGAUAGGGGAUAUCCCACAGUUGUGGCGGAAGAGAGCGACCAGCAAAGCACGAGGAGAAAUGCGUUUAUGAAUGUCGCCGAGCAAAUUGUGCGCAAGGUUGGGUUGGAAUGGCGAUAA